UUUAUUUUUAGAGGCUGGAUGUUGAUGAGAGAGAAGACAACGCAAGAGGGUGAGAAAUAACAUCACAAGUGGGGGAAGGAGGGAGAAAGAAAAGUGAAGAGGGAGCGCAAGGUGGCCGGGGCGUUGUGUUGGUUCCUCUGUGCUUCAGGAGGCUGCAUGUUGGAGAGUCCUUCGUCCGAGAGAGCAGGAGAGAAAAAGGGGACGUAGCCGCACCAACCUUUCACGCGAUGGGGGACCAAGAGGGUGGGUGUGGGGUCUCCGGAGCUGCUUCCCGUAUAAAAAGCCAAGCCUGAGAACACGGCACCACAAACUCACCACACACACAUACACACGCACACUCACAGUGGCUGCUCUGUAUCUCUCAUGCUCACCCACUCUCAUUAUUCUCUCCCUCUCCCUCCCUCUGUCUCGCUCCCUCUGUCUCUCACUCCAUUCCUCUGGGCUCUGCAUACUUCUUGCUUCUUCUCACAAGUCACAUUGUGUUUGUAAGUACGCGCUGAAUGUCUCCCUGUGUAUGCUUGGGUUUCCUUAAGUCUUUUUCUAUGUUUGAGUGACUGCUUGCCUACUUGUGUGUGACUGAGUGGAGCAGUGAGCUGUAUUAAGUGUAUGUGGGUCUCUGUCUCACUCUCACACACUCGCCGCUCUUCCUGCAACUCUUCCUGGGAUCUCCGGGUCCCUUUCCUCGGUGACAGGCUCCCCACACUAAACAGUCACCAUUUCCGCCCCCGGGAGACCCACGCUGGCUGCGCAGCCCCUUCCCCGACUCAGCAUCGGGAGGAAGACCCUGGUGGCGGCUGCUGUGGGGGUUAUGCUGGUCUUGGUGCUGGUGGUACUCAUCCCUGUGCUUGUCAGCUCCGUGAGUACAGAUGCCAGCCACUACGAGAUGCUGGGCACCUGUCGUAUGGUAUGCGACCCUUACUUAAACAAGGGCACUCCGGCCAGCAGCACCAGCUCCACCGGUCUGCAGGGUGAGGCGGAGGCACUGACUGACCACAGCAAUGUUCUUCCACCGUCCACCCUGCAGCAGGGCCCUCAGGGAAAGCCUGGCAGGCCAGGAAAGCCCGGACCACCAGGACCACCUGGACCGCCCGGACCGCCUGGUGAACCGGGGCCACCAGGACCAGCUGGGCCCCCAGGUGACAGAGGGGAUCAUGGAAGGACUGGGAUUUUGGGUCUGGGGGGUAAUGGAGCUAUCAGCACAGCCACCUACAGCACAGUGCCCCGGGUGGCCUUCUAUGCCGGGCUUAAAAACCCCCAUGAAGGUUAUGAGAUCCUAAAGUUUGACGACGUGGUCACCAACCUUGGCAACAACUACGAUGGCAUUUCGGGCAAGUUCAUCUGCAGCAUACCGGGUACAUACUUCUUCAUCUACCAUGUGCUGAUGAGAGGAGGGGAUGGCACAAGCAUGUGGGCAGACCUCUGCAAGAACGGUCAGGUUCGUGCCAGCGCCAUUGCCCAAGACGCUGACCAGAACUAUGACUACGCCUCAAACAGCGUCAUCCUCCAUCUGGACGCAGGCGAUGAGGUGUACAUCAAACUAGACGGAGGCAAAGCCCACGGCGGCAACAACAAUAAGUACAGCACCUUCUCUGGCUUCAUCCUCUACGCAGACUGAGAACAAACAGACACAGAGACUGUCAAAACGGAAGAUACUCAGAGAGAGUUUCAUGACAAAAGAGGGGUAAAAAAAAAGGGGGGGGGAGGCUUUGUGUGUGUUAAAAAAAGCCAGAAUGCUUCCUAGUUUUCCUAAUUCUCUCCAUCAUCGCAGUCACCUCUGCUUCAUAUCCAUCAGCCAAGACAUCCAGGCUCCGGCGGCCAAGCCGGGAUGGAGAGCUCCCUGAGGACACACCGAGACCAGCUAGCAGGUGGCGUGGGAGGAGUGGGAUGUUAGAUGGGCUGGUUUUCCGCACCCCUUGCCACAUUACCGAUGUGUCAGAAGCUCCUCACUUACAGUGUCUCUCCUCUUUAGCCCUGCUCCAUUGCACAGAAAUAUCAACAGAAACGACAACCCUGCAAAAGUGGAUGAUUUUCACCUCUUUACUCCACAGCGGCGGCAGUCAGCUGUCCCUUCAGAGGACUGGACUGGCUGGAACUUGUAGUGUUGUUCCGUGCAAAUUAACCUAGAUUGUGUUUUUAUUUUUGUUGAUAUGCAUACUAUUCUGCACAAAAGAGAUUUAGAAAACAAACAAACAAAAAAAAAGAAUAUAUUUGUCCCUUGUGAAGAUAUCCUGUUUGAAUGAGAGAUGUUCUUUGUGAUGCAUAUAAGAGAUCUAACAGCUGGAAAAAGAAAUAUUUAAUGAAGACUUUAAGUAUUUUAUUGCAGUGGGUGUUUUUCCUUCAUCAUUGGGUAUUACAAGGUAUCUACUGUAUGUUUUAUUCAUGUGGAGAAUAAUUAUACAUUCUGCACUUCCAAUAUAUAUGGAAAAGGUAACAUCUCGUAUAGAUAAUGCCCCCUCACACUGUUUCUUGCACUGUCACACAAUGUCCUGCUUCUCUUUGGAUUAAAGCAGACUUUAAAUAAUCCUUUCAUUGUUCUGGCUUCGUGUUGAUGCUCCAAUUGGCACAACAAGCCAUGUGAAGAAGUUAAAUCUUAAGAUUCAGGGGUCGCAUAGCACUGAUCCCUUCCUCUUCUGUGCCGUGCUGCUCUCUGAGCUUUCUUAGGCAGCAAAAAAAAAAAAAAAAAAAGAAAGAAAAGAAAAGGAAGAAGAAAAAAAAAAUCUGGCUUUUGAUGCAGAGGGCAGAAGGGAGAGUCCACCAGAUGGGGUGGUAAAGAAGGCGCUGGAGCAGUGUAACAGUGAGUGCGUAAUUUUUCUGUUUCAGUGUUUUUCGCUGGAUGUCAUCCAUUCAUUUGCAGCAUAUACACUGACAUAAAGGCAUUAUGGUAAGAUCUGUUCAACAUAGUGGCCGGACAGCUUGCGUGAGAAUGAAACUGAUUGGAUGGGUGAAUUUGCCUCUCAUGACUGCACGCCUGAGUGCGUGUUCAACGUGUGUGUGUGUGUGUGUGUGUGUGGGUGUGCGUGUGUGUGUGUGUGUAUGAAAGGAGUACAUGUGCAUAUCAGUGUGUUUGCCUUUUAGCAUGUGCCGCGCCACAACUACUUCAUUUUUAUUUAUUUUUUUCCCCAUAGUUGCAGUAUUCUGUGCAACAACCAAUGACAGAUAUUUAACUCGGCAGCCAAUGAGAUUGUGCUCUGUAGGGUGGAGCCUCUAUAGAUGCGGAGACAAGAACAAACAGCUUGUAAUUGAAAUCUAUGACUUGUUUAUCUUAUCUUUUGGAACUGUUGAAUACAUUUAAAUAAUAAAUGGGUUUUUUUUUUGAGUGACUCGUCUUAAGAGAGUUCUUGAAUCCCAAAUACACUAAUUAGGGAAAAUGAUUUUCAAAGGAUCUCAUUCACUCUGCGAGACUAACUAGCUAAAGCAAACAUUAUGACUGGAAAAUUGUGUUUUCUUGUUCUGUGUAAGCACCGCAUCUUAAUAAUGGACGCACAGAGCAAACAAUAAUAAUAAAAAAAGAUCCUAUCUCCAGAUCCCUCGUCUAUCUCUUGCCUCAAAGGAGGGAAGUAUAUUUAGGGUGAGGGGCAUCAGGGGAGAGAUGUUUCUGUUUAUCCAACCCAAAAUUAUUCCUGGAGCUUUCCUACUUGUGGAAAUAAAGGUGCACUUGGAGAUAAUGACCUUCCAACUAUAGCAACAGCAAGUGGUGGAGUUUAAAAAAAAAAAAAAAAAACAACCAAAAAAACUCGCCUUUGAAUGGAAAUGAGUCCCUAAGUGAAAGCAGGCUAUUCCUCAGUUGGCAAUCACAGUGUCUUUUAACAGAUUCCCACCGACAGAGGCAAGAUAUACCCAGUGAGAAAGUGAGGACGGAGGAGAAUAUACGGAGGGAGGAAAGAUAGGCGAGGAGCAGAAUAUAGUUUGACAAAGACAGAUGGAAAUGUGAGAGAAAGAGUGGGCUAUAGAGGGAAGUAAUGGGGAGGGAAUGGAUGGUGGAGGAGGAGGGCAAAGUGAAAUCUAAGGAAGACAGACAGACAGCGAGGCAUGCUGGUGCCGAUUUGAGGUGACGAGGGAGGAGUGCCGGAUUGUUUUCAGGGUAGACUGAUUCCCUAUCGGGACUUUGUAAGGUGUCAGGAGAGAUUAGUGAGCGUGAAGCUGGAGGGGAGAGGUUGUGAUAGCUUUAGAUUGGACAAGUGUCAAGGACUGGACAUUCCUCAGACCUGCCAGGAAUGGGAUGUGACACUGCUUGCUCUACCUGGAUCCUUAGAGAAUCAUUCAACAAGUUCAUCACUUAAACAGCAGUGAGAAUUAACUGUAUGCACUUUCACAGUGUAAUUUGUGAAAAAUCUGACUAUUUUCUGUAGCUUUCCACUUAUUCAUUCAUCUAUUGAUUCAUUUUUGAGGCUUUUUGCUGAACUAAUAUCACUCAGAAGGAAGCAUGUUAACAUGUCUGAAAAGUUCAAUGCACCAUUUUACUCCUUCUCAGAUAAUGCAUUAUUGUCCUGAAACAGUAUGUUUGACGAGAAUCUAAGACAAUUUGUUGUACACUUUCACAACACUUUACUUCUUGCACAUACUUAAUUUUAUUUUUUCUUAGGCAAUACAUUUGUAUUGUAUUAAAAAUACACAAGUACUUAUAGUUUUUGCUCCGUUUCUCAACUUAAUUUGUAUUUUAAAACAACAUUUUACAUUUUCUUCACUUUGCCUUUUAGUGAGAGUGAGUGUUGAUUUAUUAGGGAAGUGAAGAGUUGUGGAUACCUUACAGAUACGCUGUACAUUUGUAUCUGUGCGUCAAAGUAACUCUUUUGUCCACUCAGCUAAAUCAGCAAAGAAUGCCUUCAGUUCUAACCAAACACCAAUCACAGAGUCUUUAUUAUUUCUGGGUGGAAAAUUAAUAUUUUUUGUCAUUGCUAUUAUAGAAUACAAACAGAAUUCAUAAUGGAAUAAAAUCAGCUUAAAUU